UCCUGGUUUAGUCCUGGUUUAGUUCUGUUUGUUUCUUUCCAGAUCUUGAGGAAAAUUGAACCCAAAGAAAAACCAAAAGCUCCAGAAGUUCAGACUCAAAAGAAGAAAAUCAAAAUAACUCCAGAGUCCGAGGCCAGAGUCCAGACCAGGGAGCGGGCUCUUCAGUCGGGGGAUGAGACGGACGGGACUCGGGUCAAGCGCAGGAGGACGACGGCGGCGGCGCCCGGAGACGAGGACGACGGACCCGAGUUCUGGGUCAAACGACGACAGAAACUGAAAGAAAACAAACGGAAGGAGAAAGAACGAGAGACGAGGACGGUGUUUGUGGGAAACCUGCCGCUCUCCUCCACCAAGAAGACUCUUCGGGUUCUGUUCAAAGACAAAGGUCCCAUUGAGUCGAUCCGCUUCAGAUCUCUGGUCAGAGAAGAUCCAAGUGUGUCCCGCAAAGUCGCAGGAAUAAUGAGGAGCGCUCACCCGCAGAAGCAGAGCAUAAACGCUUACGUCGUGUUUAAAGACGAGGAGAGUGUCACCAGCGCCCUCGACAGGAACGGUCUGGAGUUGGAGCCGGAUCUGUUCAUCCGCGUUGACCGAGUCUCAGCCUCAGCCUCGCAUGAUCACAAACGCUCCGUCUUCGUUGGGAAUCUGCCGUUUGACCUGCAGGAGGUGCUGUUGCGGAGACAUUUUGAGGACUGUGGUGGUGUUGAGGCCGUUCGACUGAUCCGAGACCCACAGACGGGACUGGGAAAAGGCUUCGGAUACCUGCUCUUCCAGACGGUGGACAGUGUGCAGUUGGCUCUCAAACUGGACGGUUCUAAACUGGAGGGACGAUCCAUCCGAGUCCAGAGAUCUGUGCACCGAGAAAAACCCACCGGAAAGAACCAGACGCACCCCAGGAAACAGACCAGACCCGGGUCCAAACCUGGGACUAAACCGGGGUCCAAACUGGGGUCCAAACCUGGGUCCAAACCUGGGACUAAAUCUGGGACUAAACCGGGACAGUUCCGAGGAGAGAUGGCCGAUCCAACCAAAAAGAAAAAAAAGAAACUGAUCAAGAAAAAGAAAAAAGCAGCGAAGGAAAGAAAAGUGAAAGGACUCUGAGUCUGGACCGAGUCUGGACCGAGUCUGGACCGAGUCUGGACCGAGUCUGGACCGACAGAGGAGCAGGAUUUAAAUGGGACUAAACCAGGACUAAAAUAAGACUGAACCAAGGACUAAACCAAGGACUAAACCAGGACUAAACCAGGACUAAACCAGGACUAAACCAGGUCUAAACCAGGACUAAACCAGG